AUGCCAGCCGACAGCGACCGCGACUCGAUAUCAGACAAGGCCACCGGCAGCAGCUUCGAUGGCGUGGUGAACGGGAACGGCGUGUCCGACGGCGAUGCGGUGCCGCGCCGCUCUGGCACACCCACCGGCUCGAUGAAGCGAGUGGAGAGCCGGGUGCCUGUCAACGACUUGCAGGACCAGCCGCUGCUGAGCCAGGCCAAGAAGAUGCUGGAAGAACAGCGCAGCAAGUACCGAGAGAAUACUCGGGGCUUUGGAUGGUACGACUGGCUGGGCUACUUCCUGCCAUGCUUCGUCUGGCUGCGCACAUACGAGUGGCGCAACUGGCUGCUGAGUGAUGUGGCUGCCGGCCUGUCUGUGGGAGCCAUGGUCAUCCCUCAGGGCAUGUCGUAUGCCAAGCUGGCGGGCCUCCCACAAGGCCUAGAGAGCAUCAUCGGCUCCAACGAUGACCCCAACAACCCCACAGACCCUGAGCUACAGGAGCGGUACAACCAUGCAGCCAUUCAGGUUGCCUUUGUAGUGGGAUGCUUCUACACUGGCGUGGGCCUGCUGCGCAUGGGCUGGGUCACCAACUUCUUGAGCCACGCCCAGGUCAGCGGCUUCAUGACGGGCGCAGCCAUCCUGAUUGGCCUCUCGCAGGUCAAGUACAUCCUAGGGCUGACCAUUCCGCGAGCAGACCGCAUCCAGGAGUACCUCCAACUCAUUUUUGACAACCUGUGGCAGUUCAACUGGCGGGAGUUUCUGAUGGGCAUGAGCUUCAUCUUCCUGCUGCUGGCCUUCAAGUUCCUAUCCCAGAAGUAUAGGCGGCUGACAUUUAUGAAGGCGCUGGGCCCGAUGACCGUGUGCAUCAUCUCCAUCGCCCUCAUGAACAUCUUCCACUGGUAUGAGGAUUACACCGGGGUGGUGGUGACUUCCGAUGGCGUCGAGAAGAAGCAGAAGGCGAUUGCCAACAUCGGCAAGAUCCCGUCGGGCCUCCCUGCCUUUACCGUAGGCUGGUGGGCCCCUCUGUACGACGUGGGCAAGCAGAUGGUGCUGGCCGUGCUCAUCUGCUUCAUCGACAUUUGCGAGUCGAUAUCCAUUGCAAAAGCGCUGGCGCAGCGCAACAAGUACACUCUGAAUGCCACCCAGGAGCUGAGGGGCCUUGGCAUCGCAAACCUGGCAGGGGCGGCAUUCAACUGCUACACCACCACAGGCUCCUUUUCGCGCUCCGCUGUUAACAACGCCGUGGGGGCCAAGACGCCUCUUGCCAACUUCAUCACUGGCCUCGUGGUGAUGAUGGUGCUGCUGGUCCUCACCUCCAUCUUUACAAACAUGAGCCAGAACGUGCAGGGCGCCAUCAUCAUCGUGGGCGUCCUCGCCCUCGUCGACUACCCCGAGUUCAUCUACUUGUGGAGGACCAACAAGUUCGACCUGCUGGUGUGGAACGUGGCCUUUCUGUUCACCAUCUUCCUGGGGGUGGAGAUUGGCAUCAUCGUCUCCGUCUGCGUCUCCCUGCUGCUCGUCAUCUACAAGAACGCCUUCCCCCGCAUCACCACCCUGGGCAAGCUGCCGGGCACAGAGGUGUACAGGAGCACCAAGAUGUACCCCAACGCCGAGCUGCAGUCAGGCAUGCUGAUGAUGCGUGUGGACGGUGAGCCCGGCAGCCGCGACGUGCCGUGCCCCAGCUGCACGCUCAUGCGCUCGGCGAAUAGCAUCAAGGAGUUUGUGCGGGACAAGGUGAUUGCGUCUCGGCGGCGGCGCGAGGAGAUGGGGGACCACAUCCGCUUUGUGGUCAUCGACAUGUCGCCCGUCACCGACAUCGACUCCUCCGCCAUGCACUUCCUGGACGACUUCAUCGAUGAGCUGGCGCAGGACGGGAUCGAGCUGGUGCUGGCCAACCCCUCCCAGCAGGCCCUGCUGCAGCUCAAGCGCUCCAAGCUGAUCCACAAGAUCAAGGAGGAGAACGUGCAUGUGAACAUGGCGGACGCGGUGGCCCACGCGGCGGCGGUGGUUCGCCAGGAGCAGCAGCCCGCUGUCACCGUCAUCUGA